AUACGAACGUCGUCGACAAGCCUUGAAAACGGUGAUUGAACAAACAGUAAUCUUAUCUGUACAGGUUUAAGCCGAGAAUUUAAAUCGUUCGAGCUUUCGGUGCAUCGAUAGGAUGACUGAGGUGGUAGUUCUUUCGCAACUUGGAGUUAUUGUGCUGUGCAGGAAAAUGCGAUUUGGUGUUAGUGAAUUUGGUGUUUUGCACUAGGAGGUAUUACUGUACUUGUACGGAGGUGUAGUCUUGGAUACCAGGGAUCGUCCAUAAGUUUUAACUUCGCUGACCCUUCCAGCCCCCACAUGAUCUGAACAAGGACACACGAUUAUGGUCCGACGUGAAGGAUCGAUGUCAAACAAUGCCACAAAGAUAGUAGACGUUUAUAUGGCAACACAAAUAGCGUUCAAAUAUCGCAAUGACAACCAUUGUGAGCUGUGGACGCUAUGCAGGGGUACAAGUGCCACUUGAUACUCAAAGAAUAAAGAAGUAAUAAUGAAACCUAUUACAUUCGAAAACCUUCGCCGUUUAGUUGGCGGAGGUCGUAAAAAAAAGGAAAAGGAGUCGUCUUUCAAAAGAAGUGAUUCCUUUAAAAGGAUAUCGAUCCGCAAAAGUUACUUAGAUCGAGGUAAAAAGAAACACAUCUCGAAACUGGAAGUGGCCACUCAGACAGUGGCUGAAGACGAUUUGUUUAAUAUACAAGAAGAAACCAAGAAGGUGGACUGUUCCAUACAGGUGGAUAAGGUAGACUUAAAGUCAUCUUCUGUCGAGUCCACUUCUAAAAAGGAAAGUAAGUAUGGCAGCAAGUUCAAGAACGAGGUGUCGAAAAGUGGACCUGGACAAAGUGUUAUAGCCUACGGUCAGUGGUUAAAGGGUAUCCGUAAAGAUGACACUCCGUGUCAAAGCGGGAUUAAAGGCUCCGAGAGGACAAUUAUUUACGUACCCGCGUCGGACGAACGAGCUCCUUCUCCAGUUAUACGACAACUCUCAUCGUCACCGGUUUUUAGGAAAAAGUCGGCCGUACCCAGAGAACAAAAUGUUAAAUCAGUUAGUCCAAAUCUGCAAAGGAAAGAAAGCAAUGAUUCCGCUGUUGAGAUGUUUCCUUGGGGUGAUUCAACCGACGUUAAAAAGUCUCCGUUAAUUAUAAGGCGUUCGAGACAGUCUCCCGCUCCUUUGAUGCCCGACUCGGGGGCGGAAGAAUUGUGUUCUUUGUCCAUAAGCUUAGGCAGGAUAUGGAUGGACGCUCCUCAAGCUAUGGCUCCGAGAAGUUUGGAGAUGCCAAGAACUUCAGGUUCAGCCGCCCCGCCCGCUCACCAUUCGUUAGAUAGUGCGUUAAAGGAUUUAAGGGACGAUCCGCUCAUAAAUAGACUUCAAAAAAGACCCACCCCGCCCGUUGCGAGAACACUAUCUUCCACGAGUAAUACCACCGUUUCAACAGGGUUAUUCUCUAGCAAAGACUCUGGUUUUUCGUUUUCUAUAUCGGCGCCAAAACUAAGUGACUUUCACGCGAACUUCGCGCCAUCUUCUAGGGGUUUCUUUCGGAAAAAGCGGCCUAAACCAAAGUUAUCUGUUAGUAGGGAUGGUUAUUUCAAACGGACUAGUGGCGCGUUGUUAGUGACUGAAACCAAAAGGAACUCGGUUCGUAGAAAAAGCAGUCGUAAGAAAAAGAACAAGGGAUCCAAAUCUAAAAAAAACGUUAAAGGUGGCAGUACGGCGAGGAGUGACUUGUAUCAAGUUGUGGUUAGCCGGCCGGCUCGAUCUCUACGCGCACUGAAAUUGGACCCGAUGAUUUUCGUGCCUCCAGAAAAACGUAAACCGUCGGUGACGCGGAAGCCGUCGUACAAAGUCGGAAUGCGUGAAAUAAGGAAUUUCAGUCCUCAAGAUAGUUCGAUGUAUUCAACCAGAAGUGUAAACGAUAGUGCUGACGAGGGUCUAUACGAAAGUCUUCCUGAGGAAUUCGACUACUUAUCGGACGACCAGCCCCUAAGCGGUCGCAUUUCUCGCAUUAGUCUCAGAGAGGAUGAUUUCGAUUCGCCGUCUAACGACUUUGCAUGCGUUACUCCGGUAUCUGAAGAGUCGACCGUCUCGGGAGUAGUUAGUGGCGAGGCCAGUGACGACGGUAGUUCCAAGUGUGGCAGUCCUUACGUUCCCCCGGGGGUAUCUCCUGUCCCCAAAAGGCGGCCUGUCCGCCGGAAGAAAUCGACUCUUUCACAUAAACGUAGCAUCACGUAUGUUGUAAAGCCGACCAUAAUUCGGGCGCCGUCAACUCUUCGCAGACCGACAAAGAAAAUAGGUGACAUUACACAAAAAGGAUAUGAAAAGAAGAGAACAAGACUUCUGUCUCCCUACGUGCCUAAACAAAAUUCAACCGGAAGCAGCGGAAAUGACGCAGGAAAUGGGAACAACGGGAGUGGAAGUGGUGGCGGUGGAAAACAACAGCACACCAGGCGUCGCACGCAACGUCGCGUCACGCACAACGAGAAACGAUAUCAUUCAGAUGUGGGUGAUGGACAACCCAAGGAGGUCAGAAGUGGGGUCAGUCCAGCCGCUAGAGCUACGCGUCGGGGUAACCGACGCCUUACUCGUAACGAGAGCAGGUACCACUCAGAAGUACGGCAAGAGGCUGUUCAACAAGCUCUCGCACAAGCUAUGCAAAACAGGCACAAACCAUCAAUGCCUAUGCCCUCUAAAAGAACCUCUGUUAUGGCUAGGAGCCCAGACAGGGACAGACACGAUUCUGAAUCAUCUUCUGACGAAGACAGUAUUGUUAAUGAAGAAACAGUGGAAAGUACACCAGAGAGAGAAAAACUAAGAGAUAGGGGUACACCACAAAUAUUUCCCCCACCUCCACUAUCUGAUACUAGUAGUACUGGUUCACCACCACCCUUACAUCACAGACCUCGAUUACCACAGCCAAAUAACUGGGACCAGAGAAGUAGACAAGAGAUAACGGACAUCAGUGAUGUUAUGCAGAAUUUUAGACCCUACUCUCAACCUCCUGACGUUACUCACAACACAGCUCAAGGUGGACGAAGGACAGCAGCCGACCGAGUCAAUAGAUAUGGUUCUUCUACAUCUGACGAUACCAUAGGUACUGGGACAGGGCGCUGGAAAGUUUCAGCGAAAAUCCAACAACUGCUCAACACAUUAAAAAGGCCUAAGAGACGUCCUCUACCAGAGUUCUAUGAAGACGAUGAUAUAGAAUUAGAAAUUGCAGCAAAUCCAAAAGAUCCGAAUGCUCCGAAACCAGAAGGUGGCUACAUGAGUCCUGCUGUUGGAGAACAAUUAGUCAUACCAUCUGGAUUACCAAGAAAUUUAGAAGCGGCUAUAUUGAGAUAUGGCAAUGCGACUUUCAAAGCACCUGUUGCAACAGUAUUAGAUCCAAAUGGGAAAUUAUCGACCACACUUACAUACGGGAAAUUAUUGAGUCGAUCACACAAAAUUGCAUAUGCUCUUUUGACGAAAUCGUUCAGUAAAAAUGGAGACACUAGUCUAAAAUCUGGCGAUCGAGUCGCACUCGUCUAUCCCAACAAUGAUCCCAUCAACUUUUUAUGUGCGUUUUAUGGAUGUUUACAGGCUGGAAUAAUUCCAGUGCCAAUUGAGGUACCAAUUACAAGACGUGAUGCUGGAUCCUUGCAGAUUGGAUUUCUUCUGGGCAGUUGUGCAGUACAAGUAGCACUUACGUCAGAGGCCUGCUUAAAAGGAUUACCUAAAACAACUUCAGGAGAAGUAAUCCAGUUCAAAGGUUGGCCGAAGCUAACGUGGUUCGUCACUGAGCAUCUAACUAAAACUCCAAAAGACUGGACUCCGACGCCCAGGUUAACCGACGAGACACCGGCGUACAUUGAAUACAGCACAGAUAGAGACGGUUCGGUGAUGGGAGUCACUAUAACGAGAGCUGCUAUGGUCCAACACUGCAGGAUGCUAACCAUGUCAUGUAAUUAUACCGAAGGAGAAAACAUGGUGUGUGUCCUCGAUUUUAAAAGGGAAGUUGGGUUGUGGCAUUCAGUAUUAACAAGUGUCCUAAAUGGCAUGCACGUAAUUUACAUUCCUUAUGCCUUGAUGAAGGUAAAUCCAGCUAGUUGGAUGCAAAUGAUUACAAAGCAUCGGGCUUGUGUGGCUGUCGUAAAGUCGAGAGAUCUUCACUGGGGUUUGCUGGCCACCAAGGACCACAAAGACAUUAAUUUAGGUUCACUCCGUAUGUUACUAGUGGCAGACGGAGCUAAUCCUUGGUCUUUAAGCUCGUGCGAUCAAUUCUUAUCAGUAUUCCAAUCUAAAGGGCUGCGUGCCGACGCCAUCUGUCCUUGCGCGAGUUCAAGCGAGGUGCUAACAGUGUCCGUUAGAAGACCUGGGAGAGGUGGAGUUAACGCCACAGGUCGUGGAGUUCUUUCGAUGCAAGGAUUGGGUUAUGGUGUAGUUCGAGUAGACCAAGAAAAUAGUCUAACGUCGCUCACCUUACAAGACUGUGGACAAGUAAUGCCAGGUUGCGUAAUAGUGGUUGUAAAAAUGGAGGGUCCCACUUAUUUAUGUAAAACCGAUGAAGUAGGAGAAAUUUGCGUUAAUUCCGGCGCUACUGGCACUCAGUAUUGGGGUUUACAAGGCCUGAGCAACAACACCUUCAAAGUACAACCUUUAGGAACUGACGGAAAGCCGAUUUCUGAUGCGGAAUAUACAAGAUCCGGACUAUUAGGGUUCCUAGGACCAGGCGGAUUAGUUUUUGUAUGCGGCUCCCGUGAUGGACUAAUGACGGUCACUGGAAGAAAGCAUAAUGCUGAUGACAUUAUCGCGACAGUACUUGCUGUUGAGCCAAUGAAAUUUAUUUAUCGUGGCCGAAUUGCGGUAUUUAGUAUAAGAGUUUUGAGGGAUGAAAGAAUUUGUGUUAUUGCUGAACAAAGGCCAGACUGUAGUGAAGAGGAGUCAUUCCAAUGGAUGUCUCGGGUAUUACAAGCUGUUGAUUCCAUUCAUCAAGUCGGUCUUUAUUGUCUAGCAUUGGUACCACCAAAUUACCUUCCUAAGACACCCCUCGGAGGGAUUCAUCUUUCAGAGACUAAAAGAAGAUUUAUGGAAGGCACACUACAUCCAGCUAAUGUGCUAAUGUGCCCACAUACUUGUGUCACAAAUUUACCAAAACCAAGAGAAGUGCAUUCAGCAACCGACUGUGUUUCAGACGUGGGCCCGGCGUCUGUAAUAGUUGGAAAUCUUGUACAAGGCAAUAGACUUGCUAGUGCACAAGGUAGAGAAGUUGGAGGACUUCUUGACGAAGAAAGUGAUUCUUCCAAAAAGCAACAAUUUAUUGCUGAAAUAUUACGAUGGAGAGCACAAGGGACUUCCGAUCAUGUACUAUUUACCCUGCUCAACAGUAAGGGUGCCGUAGCGAAAGUCCUGUCAUGUUCAGAACUUCAUAAGAGAGCAGAAAGAAUAGGCAAUAUUCUAGUUGAAAAAGGAAGAAUUAAUACUGGCGAUCAUGUAGCUCUGAUUUUUCCUCCUGGUUUAGAUUUAAUUUGCGCUUUUUACGGAUGUUUGUAUGUUGGUGCUGUACCCGUUACAAUAAGACCACCCCAUCCGCAAAAUCUACAAACAACUUUACCUACAGUUAGAAUGAUCGUAGAUGUUUCAAAGUCUGUUUUGGUGCUUUCAACUCUAGCUGUGAUUAAACUCCUUCGAUCCAAAGAAGCUAGUAAUGUGGUCGAUAUAAAAUCUUGGCCAAUAAUACUAGACACCGAUGACAUACCCAAAAAGAAAUUACCAGUAGUGUAUAGGGCACCCACUGCAGAAAUGUUGGCUUACCUUGAUUUUAGUGUAUCCACUACGGGUAUGUUGGCAGGUAUUAAGAUGUCACAUGCUGCGGUCACAAAUUUGUGCAAAAGUAUGAAAUUAGCAUGUGAAUUAUAUCCCAGUAGACAUAUAGCAUUAUGUUUGGAUCCAUACUGUGGUCUUGGAUUUGCUUUAUGGUGUUUAAGUAGUAUUUACUCUGGACAUCAUUCCAUUUUAAUUCCUCCUUCUGAAGUUGAAGUAAACCCGGCGCUGUGGCUGUCUGCAGUAAGCCAGUACAAAGUAAGAGAUACUUUUUGCUCUUACGGAGUGAUGGAACUUUGUACAAAAGGUUUAGGAUCUUCAGUAAACCAAUUAAAAUCAAGGGGAGUUAAUCUAUCCUGUGUGCGAACCUGUGUCGUGGUAGCUGAAGAAAGACCCAGAAUGAAUCUGACUACAAGCUUUUCUAAGUUAUUUAGCGCCUUAGGUCUUAGUCCUAGAGCUGUUUCAACUUCGUUUGGAUGUAGAGUUAAUGUCACCAUUUGUUUACAAGGCGCUUCCAGUCCCGAACCGUCAACCGUUUACGUGGAUCUGAGAGCUCUCAGAAAUGACAGGGUCAGUUUAGUCGAAAGAGGAAGUCCUCACAGUUUAUGUGUCAUGGAAAGUGGCAAAUUGCUUCCCGGAGUAAAAGUAAUUAUUGCUAAUCCAGAGACAAAAGGUCAAUGCGGCGAUUCUCAUUUGGGAGAAAUAUGGGUUCAAAGUGGACAUUCUGCCAGUGGAUAUUUCACAAUUUAUGGAGAUGAGAACGAAUACGGAGAUCACUUUACAGCUCGUUUGGUAACGGGCAAUACAGGAGAGGUAUAUGCUAGAACAGGCUAUUUAGGAUUUUUGAGAAGAACCGAAUUAACAGAAAGAAAUUGUGUAGUAGAAGAAACGAUACUGAAUCGUGAAAGUGAUAAUGAAUCUGUGGGAUCAUCCCAUCACUUAGUCCCCUCCGAUUCACCUGAAUUACAUGAUGCCGUUUUCGUUGUUGGGGCUUUAGAUGAGGCAAUUAUGUUAAGAGGGAUGAGAUACCAUCCGAUCGAUAUAGAAAAUAGUGUCUUAAGGUGCCAUAAGAAAAUUGCAGAAUGUGCUGUGUUCACUUGGACCAAUCUACUGGUAGUGGUGGUUGAACUUGAUGGAAACGAAAGCGAAGCUCUAGAUUUAGUACCUUUGGUCACUAACACAGUUUUAGAGGAACAUCAUCUAAUUGUUGGAGUAGUAGUAGUUGUCGACCCUGGAGUUGUCCCUAUCAACUCCCGAGGUGAAAAACAACGUAUGCAUUUACGUGACGGCUUCUUAGCAGACCAAUUAGACCCCAUUUACGUUGCUUACAAUAUGUAAAUCCAUUGUUGUUUAGUAGAUGGUAUGAAUAUUUUUCAUACAUUUCAUAGUUACUUUAUUUAAUAAUAUUUACGGUAUAUUGUAAGCAUAUCUGCCAUUGAAUUCGUGAUUUAUAAUUUAGAUUUAGAUUAAUAUUAGUGUUAUACUUUAGAAUAAUAAAUAUAUUUUAAAAUUUUUAUAAACUUUGGCUCAAAUCUUUUAUACAACAUCUUUACAUUAUCAUAAUUAAAUAUUAGUGACAAUGUAUAGAUGUAAAUAUUAAGGCCUAUUAGGCUCUAAUCUACUGUAUAGUUUUUAUGUAAUAUGUAGUUUGUACAGUUGAUUAUGUUUUUCAGCUUUCUCUAAUAGUGCAAUCAGUGCUGUCUUUUUCUAGAUUCUUUUUUAUUUGUUUUAACCCAAGAGUUGUUAUUUAAAUUUUUCGUAUUUUAUAAAUCUUAGUCUAUAUUUAGUGUACUUUUAAGAACUUGAAACUUAUAGUACACUCUAGUCUCAUUUUAUUAAAUUAUUCGGCUGCUAAUGGAUUAUUAUAUAAAAAUCUGGUUGUGUAAAUGCCCUUUUCAUAUUUUGAUUAUUGUGUUCAUAGGAUUUUUAUUUUAUCUAAGUUUGUUUCUAAACUGUUUAAUGGGCAAUUGUUUAAUGCUCAACUAGUAUUUAUAAUGCUUUUCUUUUAUUAUGCACAAAAUCGUGUUAAUAUAGAUAAUAUAGACAAUAGUUAAUUUUUAUGUACAUAU